UGUAGGUAGUACAAGAACUGAAAAAUAAUUUUUGGUUGCCAGUAUACCUGUAGUCGUUGCACUGAUCAGUCGAUAGUUUUGUGAUAAAUUAUUUCUCAAGUGAAUUAAAUUAUUAACCAUGGGACGUGAUUCUAGAAAGGUUUCAAGAGAACUUCGGAGUUCUGAAAAAAUUAAUAAGUCGCGUUCAGUCAAAAGAAAGAAUGUUUUUAAUCCGAAAACAGCCGAACGUGAUGAAAGUAUUCAGAGUACAUCUUCUAAAAAAUUAAAACAAAACACUGAAGAUGAUGUACCUGAAGACAGCAGUACUGAAUUUCGAAUAAUAAAUUUUAUUCAGGUAUUCACUGCAAUUUCUGCUCUUAUAAAAUGUAAAAAAUGUGAUGGAAAUGUAGUGUUUCAAACAGCAAGUACACGUGGGCUGGGAUUCAAAAUUGUAGUUGCAUGUAAUAACUGUGGAAAUGAAUAUAUUCCUUCCUGUUCUUUCGUUGGGCAUUCUUAUGAAAUAAACAGACGUUUCAUUUUUGUAAUGAGAAUACUAGGAAUAGGAUACGAAGGAUUGUGCAAGUUUUGCGGCCUGAUGGACAUGCCGUCUUUUUUAGAUAAAUCUACGCAUACAAUUUUACUGAAACAGAUUUUGAAUUGUAGUAAAGCCGUCGCAGAAACCUUCAUGACGAAAGCUGUGAAUGAAGAAAAGCAAGCAAUGCCAACAACUGAAAAUGAAGAUAUAAAUCAUCUAACUGUAUCGGGAGAUGGAACCUGGCAAAAACGGGGAUAUACAUCGUCAUUUGGAGUUUCUUCUAUAAUUGGCUAUUUUACUGGAAAGAUUCUUGACAUAAACAUUAAAAGUGCAUAUUGUAAGCUAUGUGAGUAUUGGAAAAAAAAAACAAAUACUGUUGAGUUCGAGGAAUGGUAUCAAUCGCAUGAAGAUGUGUGUUCUGCUAAUCAUCAAGGGUCUUCUGGGAAAAUGGAGGUGGAUGCGAUGGUCGAAAUGUUUUCGUAUUCUGAAACUAAAUAUGGAGUUAAGUAUGCCAACUAUAUUGGUGAUGGUGACUCCAAGACCUAUUCAGGAAUUAUAAAAUCAGAUCCUUACGAAAAUACAACUGUAAAUAAAAAGGAAUGUAUAGGGCAUGUCCAAAAGCGGAUGGGGAGUCGAUUACGUACGCUGAAGAGUAAACAAAAAGGUCUUGGUGGUCGAGGUAAGCUCACAGGAAAAUUAAUAGACAAACUAACUGUGUACUAUGGUUUAGCAAUACGCCGGCAUUGUGAUUCUAUUGAAAAUAUGAAAUCUGCUAUAAUGGCAACCUUUUAUCACUACGGCUCGAGUGAUGAAAAACCGAAUCAUGAUAUGUGUCCAAAAGGCGAAGAAUCUUGGUGCUCUUACCAGCGCGCUGAAGCAAGAGGAGAGCUUGAUACCUUUUCUCACGAUUAUUCUCCUUUACCUUCUGAUGUUUUAAAAGCUAUCAAGCCUAUAUACGAAGAUCUUAGUAAUGAAAAUUUACUUUCAAGAUGUGUAGGUGGAUUCAAUCAGAAUAAUAAUGAAAGCUUUAACCAACUAGUAUGGAAAAUAUGCCCAAAAACGGUAAAUACUAGUUUUACCAUCGUACAAAUAGCUGCAUACGUUGCUAUGUGUAUAUUUAAUGAGGGUAUAAAUUCAUUAUUAGUCUUGAUGAAUACACUAGGACUUAAUUGUGGGCCUAAUUCUCAUCGGUAUGCAGAAAGAAUGGAUGCUGCACGUAUCAAAGUAGCAGAUAAGCGCGCUAAUGAUAACACCCGAGAAGGUCGAUUGCAACGUAGGCACCAGCAAAUCGAUAUUUUGGAAGCUGCUAUGUCGGCUGAAGAGCUAUUAUAUGGUCCAGGAAUAGAUGACUCAGUAUGAAUCUCCAAGGACUUAUGAUGAUCACCGCAAAGGACUUCGGGAGGAACGGGCUCUACAAAAACAGCGAUAACUUUUUGAAUUAUUAAUUUUUUUUUUUGAAAUUUUCGUGAAGUCAAAUCGAAACGUGUUCUAAUAAAGCUAUGUUUUUAUUUUUGUCAAAUAAAGUAAUUAACUACAAAAAAAAAAUUAUUGAAAAUCAUCAU